GCUUCAGGUUUUAAAUUGCCUUACAACUGAAUCGUGUUGAAUCGCUUAAUAUCGUUGUUAUCGAUUAAAUCUCUCAUAGUCUAAAAAGUGCUCAUUUUCCCGCGUUAGUUUGAAACAUUUUCCCAAACGGGUUGAACAAAUACGGGAAAUUCCUGCUAUCGAUUAGGAUUUAGCGGGUUUUAAGUUCAGUUAGGUAGGGACCUAAUUAAAAUUCGGAUUAUUAGAUGGACGAAUCGAUUUUAUAUUUAUAUUUACCCAGCAGGAAGAACAACGACACCUAAUUGAAAGAUAAAAUUUUUAUGGUAGCACCGACUAAUAACAGAAGUUAAAAAUAUUUUCAUAAGCUCUAAUUAAAUCUCAAAAGCAAAUUAAAUUUUUACAAUGAUGGAAGAUGUUUUGAUACCACUAGAUUGUUGGAUCUACAAAUUAGCAACGUUUGGAGAAAUAUUAUAAACAGGAAAAUUUCGUGUAUUAAGUAUUUAAUUUUUUUGGUGAAUCCACGAACAUGGGGUUUAAGUCUUCCAAUAUUUGCAUUUUAUUUCUACUUAUCCAAAUACAAGCAAUCAGUCCAAGCAAUAACUGUAGAAUUUUAAAAGGUUCGUCCGAACUUAAAUGUAACGGGAGUUAUCCAAAAAAGUCUGCUGGUUCCAGUAAUAUUACGGAAAUAUAUUUAACCAAUAUAACGUGGGAAUAUUUGGAAAUCGAUGAUAUACUGAACAAAUUUCCUAAUGUCGAAAGGAUAUUUGUGGAAUACAGUGACAUAACUACUAUCAUUGUGCCUACAAUCUCAAAUAAAAUCAAGGAGCUCUCUCUGCGUUAUAAUCAAUUAAAAAAAUUACCUCAAGAUUUCGUAAAAAAUUUUCCAAACCUAGAAAUACUCAACAUACAAAACAAUUUACUGACGAAUUUGGAGGAUAAUUUUUACAUGGGAAAACUUCAAAAGUUGACUAUAAAAAAUAAUCCAUGGAUUUGUGCACUAGAUCUCUCAUGGGCUCUACAUCUAAAUCAAACAAUAGUUCAUGAUUUAAAAAACGCUACAUGUAAAGAAAGAUUUGCCGGAAAAAAUAUAUUAUUGAUUGCUAAUUACAAACAGGAAAUGUACAGAAAUUGCACCAAAUCGUGCGCUUGCUCUUUGGAAAACGUGGUUCAAGACCUACACACUGAUCAGCAACACCCAAUAAUCAUGGUCAACUGUUCCGGAAGAGGUCUUAAAGAUCUACCGACUCAACUACCGUUAUACACCAGAAUUUUGCAUUUGGAGCGAAACGAAAUUACCGAUUUGAGACCUUUGAAGUCUAAUCCGAUGUUCGAAUCAUUGUGGGACUUGUAUUUGGACAACAACACCGUAACUUCUAUUUCUUAUUUGGAGGGAUCUCAUUGGUUGCAGAACUUUAGGGUGUUUUCAUUGAGGGGAAACCAACUGCAAAAGGUACCCUCUUUUGCUUUAGACAACGCACUGAUGAAAAAUCCAAAUAUGCCUGGAGCUGUAGUGCUAUAUCUUGGAAAUAAUCCUUGGAGGUGCGACUGUAUUUUUGUACCGACAUUUCAGGAAUACGUUCUGCAAAAGUAUUCCAAUAGAAUAGCGGAUAUCAGUGAUGUAAAAUGUAAAUAUGUAGAGGGCGAUGAAAAUUCUUGGUCAGCAAUAAUCAAUUUGUCAAGGAGUUCAGUUUGUAUGGUUCCGUCAGAUUUUUCAUUACAAGAAGGUUUGGAUUUGCUGAAUGCCGUCUUGGCGAGCCUAAUAAUUUUCAUUUUGGGAAAAUUGGCUUACGAUUAUUAUCAUUUCAAGAAAUCUGGAAGGCUACCUUGGAUCGUUACCAAAAUACCUUGAAUAUCAGUAUUUUUUAUGUACAUAUACGUCUUAUUUAUUUUAGGUGAAAAUAAAUUAUUUAAUUUAA